AUGGCUGCCGGUGGAGCUGGAUGCGGGGACACGGUGGAGCAGUGCCGGGCCGAGGUGGAGCGCCUGACCCGGGAGCUGGCGGAGGCCAACCGCGAGAAGAUCCGGGCGGCGGAGUGCGGGCUGGUGAUUCUGGAGGAGAACCAGAGCCUGAAGCAGCAGUACGCCGACCUGGAGGCCGAGCAGGAGACGCUGAGGCUGGAGCUGGAGCAGCUGCAGGAGGCGUUCGGCCAGGCCUACUCCACCCAGCGCAAGGUAGCAGAAGAUGGGGAGACCAACGAGGAGACGUUGCUGCAGGAGUCUGCCACCAAGGAGGCCUACUACAUGGGCCGCCUCCUGGAGCUCCAGUCGGCACUGAAGCACAGCCGAGCCGCCACCUCCACUGCACAGGCUGACAGCGAACACCUGAGCACACUGCUGCAGGAGCUGAGGGAGAGCAACGAGAUGUUGGAGUUGCAGCGCAGCCGGAUGCGAGAGGAGAUCAGGGAGUACAAGUUCCGAGAAUCUCGACUGCUUCAGGACUACACCGAGCUGGAGGAAGAGAACAUCUCUCUGCAAAAACUGGUGUCGACACUCAAACAGAAUCAGGUGGAGUAUGAAGGUCUGAAGCAUGAGAUCAAGGUCCUGGAGGAAGAGACAGAGCUCCUCAACAGCCAGUUACAGGACGCGCUGCGUUUGAAGGACAUCUCAGAUAACCAGCUGGAGGAGGCGCUGGAGUCUCUGAAGAGCGAGCGUGAGCAGAAGAACCACCUGCGCAGGGAGCUGGUCCACCACCUCAGCAUGUGUGAUGUGGCCUACACCGGCAGUGCCCACCUGACCUUCACCUCCGCUCCGCCCAGUGGCACCCAGCCUGAUAAUAAGGAGUUGCUUAAUGGCCACCAGGUUGGGAUUGGAACAGGGUUGAUGUCCAGAGCUAAUGGAGAGUGCCGAAUGGUGACGUCUGAUCUCUUCAACGAGAUGAACCUGACAGAGAUCCAGAAGCUCAAGCAGCAGCUGAUAACGGUUGAACGUGAGAAAGUUUCACUGAUGACAAGUCUGCAGGAGUCCCAGACGCAGCUCCAACACACCCAGGGAGCCCUGAACGAGCAGCAUGAGAAGGUCCUUCGCCUUAGCCAGAGAGUGACUGCCCUCCGCUGCCUGCAUCGAAGGGCACACCUCAACCAGGAAGCCCAUGCCAGAACUGAGGAGGACAGGAGUGAGACAUUGAACAAAAGUCUGGUAUUUUCACACCAGACCCCUGGUCUGGAGAUCCUGCAGUGCAAGUACCGUGUUGCUGUGACAGAGGUGGUGGAGCUCAAGGCGGAGGUGAAAGCCCUGCGUGACAGACUGGCUCAGUGUGUAGAGGGAGCAGCCGAGGAGAAGCCAAGGCGAAGCGUUCAGCUCCAGAGGCUGGAGAGGCAGGUUGCCUCAUUGGAGAAGAGCUGCCGGGAGGGACGGGAGAAGACUUCGAGUCUGGAGUUGGAGUUGCAGGCAGCUCAGUCAGCAGCCAAUGAGAGCCAGGGUGUGUUGAACGCAGCUCAGGACGAGUUGGUGACGCUCAGCGAGGAGCUUGCCCAGCUCUACCACCAUGUCUGUCUGUGCAACAAUGAGACACCCAACCGCGUCAUGCUGGACUACUACAGACAAGGCAGAGGGCUCCGUGGCCUCAGUGCCAGUCUCAAAGCCAUGUCUUCUGACAACAGCAAAGUUUUCCUCACACCACGCCUUGCCAGGCGGCUGGCCGCCGAGCCAUUAUCUGGUGAGGGAAGGGUAGAGGAGAAGAAGGGGGACAAGGAGGACCUCCAGGUUCCAUCUGAGCAGAGCCUCCCGCCCAGUACGCCUCCAACCUGCUCACCCAGCAUCAGUGCCUCUUCAUCAUCGUCAUCAUCAUCAUCUCCUGCCCUGGAGCCAGCUGGUGAGCUGCGUAGGGAGCCCAUGAAUGUCUACAACCUCAACGCCAUCAUCAGAGAGCAGGUGAAGCACCUUCAGCGGGCAGUAGACAGGUCUCUGCAGCUGUCUCGACAAAGAGCUGCAGCCAGGGAACUGGCCCCUCUGCUAGACAAGGACAAAGAGAGCUGCGUGGAGGAGAUCCUGAAGCUCAAAUCUCUGCUCAGCACCAAGAGAGAGCAGAUAGCUACCCUCAGACUGGUACUCAGGGCGAACAAACAGACGGCAGAGGGGGCCCUGGCCAACCUGAAGAGUAAGUAUGAGGCGGAGAAGUCCAUGGUGACUGACACCAUGAUGAAGCUCAGGAACGAGCUGAAAGCCCUGAAAGAGGAUGCUGCCACUUUCUCCUCUCUGCGGGCCAUGUUCGCCACCAGGUGUGACGAGUAUGUUACCCAGCUGGAUGAGAUGCAGAGGCAGCUGAUUGCGGCCGAAGACGAGAAGAAGACUCUGAACUCCCUCCUUCGGAUGGCCAUCCAGCAGAAACUGGCUCUCACCCAGCGCCUGGAGGAUUUGGCUUUCGAUCAAGAGCAGACACACCGCACCCGCGGGGGCAGGCUGAACCGCGUGAAGACCAGCACCCCCAAAAUCGUCAGUAGCCUUCUGCCACAGUGCCAUUCUGCAUACCCUCCCCACAGCUGAGGGUCCCCUCAACUCCUUACCUGAGUCUAAACAAAAGUGUGUCGACCCUUGUGGAUCACUGACCCUGGCUCCACACACCAUGAGUG